AUGCCAAAAAACCAAGGCUGUUUCCUUACGAACCAGAGGUCUGAAAAGUGCCUCGCCUCGGGGGACUGUGAACCAGGAACCUCAGGAGAAUUGGGAGGAAUUAAACGCAUCAAAAUAGAACCCGAUGAAGUGGACAUUAUUCAAAUCACCGUUCCAGAUAAGGGACCUGGCAACGAUUCGCAGCACGACGAGAAGCAGAUGGAGGGCAAGGAUGGCAUAGGUGACGUUUUAAGUCACUUGAGGAAACAAGUGGAAAUUUUGUUCAAUGCAAGAUACGCUAAAGCCAUAGGGAUUUCGGGGCCUGUCAAGGUCCCGUAUUCCAAAUUCUUGAUGUACCCAGAGGACCUCUUCGUGGUGGGUUUGCCAGACGGCAUUUUGCUCAGACGGCCAAACUGCUUUGGGAUCGCAAAGCUUAAAAAGAUUCUCCAAGCUAGCAGCAGCAUCCGGUUUGUGAUCAAGAGACCAGAGCUGCUCACCGAAGGAGCGAAGGAGACAACCUCGGAGAGCUCAGGAACAAUCGGCAGUGAAAGAGACUCCAAUGAAUGUCUUGUGGAAGAAACUGUAAAAAGACCGGGAUUUCAAGAAAAUUAUGAUACUCGGCUUUCAAGAAUAGAUAUUGCAAACACAUUGAGGGAACAGGUUCAAGAUCUUUUCAAUAAGAAGUAUGGUGAGGCUUUGGGCAUCAAGUACCCAGUUCAAGUGCCAUACAAGCGCAUCAAAAGCAACCCCGGGUCGGUGAUCAUUGAGGGGCUGCCCCCAGGAAUCCCCUUCCGGAAACCGUGCACCUUCGGCUCCCAGAACUUGGAGAGGAUCUUAGCCGUGGCGGACAAGAUCAAGUUCACGGUAACAAGACCUUUCCAAGGACUCAUCCCUAAACCUGCCCCUAGACGGAUAUCCACCUUGGAAAAGGCUUACGCUGCUUUGAACGAUGAGGAUGAUGCCAACCGGUUGGGGGAGAAGGUGAUUCUCCGGGAACAAGUGAAAGAGCUCUUUAAUGAAAAAUACGGAGAGGCUCUGGGCUUGAACCGGCCCGUUCUGGUGCCAUAUAAAUUGAUCCGGGACACGCCUGACGCCAUCGAAGUGACCGGCCUGCCCGACGACGUCCCUUUCCGGAACCCCAACACCUACGACAUCCACCGGCUGGAGAAGAUCCUCAAAGCCAGGGACCGCAUCCGGAUGGUGGUGACCAGCCAGUUCCAGCCGUUUGCAGACCGUGGUACGGAGGCCAAACAGCCAGAAAACGACGGCGCCGUUCCUAAACGGAAGCGGAAGAGGAUCUCGGAAGGGAAUUCGGUCUCUUCCUCCUCCUCCUCGUCCUCCUCCUCGUCUUCAAACCUGGAGUCCGCAUCAUCAACCAAUCAGCUCUCGCUUGUGCAAUGGCCCAUGUACAUGUUGGACUACGGUGGGCUCAACGUUCAAAUCCCAGGACCUAUGAAUUAUUGAGACUUCCGUCUCAGAAUCAGAACCUCGAACAAAACCUAAUUUUAAUGGCUAACGAUGUGUAAUUUUUUGUACAAAGUGUAUAUUCCAAUAUGUAUCGAUGCCUUUUAGUUUUUCCAAUGAUUUUUACACUAUAUUCCUGCCAGCAGGGCCUUUUGGAAUAAAAAAUGGAAGUGUUGCCUUGCUCAGAAAAAUGAUUUCUAAGUCUUUCCCAACCACAUCUGCACACCUAAGCUCACGCUUGGGGAAGACAGGGCACCAAAAAGGUAAAGGGAACGUGGCCAAAAAAAAACAAGGCCUGCCAGUAAAUUGCAUGUAAAGACGCAAUCUAUGCAAGUUUCGGCAACAAAAGAGAACCUACCACAAGCAGUGAGUCCCAGUAAGUGCUGUGGACAGUGCUGGUGAGUCAGGGGUUAAUAUUUGGAGGUGGGACCCUCUGCCUUUUGGUGGAAGGGUCUUGGCAGGAAGAAACCCCAGGUGGUGGGGCAUAAGAUGUCUGCUGGAAUCAACUGUGCUUUUUUAAAA